UGGAAGUGACACGUAAGACGGGAGAUUGGGAAAAGGCCCUGGAACUUUUUCUGCCGUGUAGAAUAAAACGCAAAUUAUAAUUUUGGUUAUGAAAGCAGCAUUUUAGUAACGGUUUUCUGCAACUUGAAGAAAUACAAAGUCGUUCACGAUUUCCAACAACAUCUUACACCAUUCCCAAAAUAGGAUCGGAGACUUUUGUUGGGCUUUGCAACUUGCAAACUGGGACGGAUUCAGCGUCAGGAAACAGCUAAAGUUACAGGAAUGCCUCUCAGCAUCUGAUUACUGCGCUCUAAUAUUCUCUGUCAUUGAAAAUAAACUGUGAACUGGAUUGUGUGUGUAUGUGUGCGGGGAAAACUCCCGAACUCUUCCAAAAGUGCUCGUUUUGGAGAAAAACGAGAGAGGAAAAAUGGGAAAUAGCAUGUGUUCCAGGAGACAGAAAAAGAUUUUUCAAACUUUGUUCUUCCUUACAAUAGUUUUUGGGUUUCUUUAUGGUCUCUUGCUAUAUUAUGAAAUGCACAAUCAGUUAAAGAAGGCGGAAAAUCUGGCGUUAAAGUACCAGCAGCAUCAGGAGGCUUUAUCCGCACAGUUGCAAGUUGUUUAUGAACAUAGAUCAAGAUUAGAAAAAUCACUACAGAAAGAAAGAAAUGAACACAAAAAGGCUAAAGAAGAUUAUUUGGUUUAUAAGUUAGAAGCACAGGAAGCAUUGAACAAAGAAAAGCAGGAUUCCAAUAACCGAUACAGUGCACUCAGUGUUCAGCACAAAAUGCUGAAGAGUCAACAUGAAGAUCUGAGGAAACAAUAUACUGAUCUACAUGGGGAACAUAUAAGACUUGGAGAGGACCAUAGUAGAGCAAUGAAUGAGCACAGUCGGCGAUAUUUGAACCUACAGCAAUCAAAGGAACAGGAAAUUGCUAAACUGAAAGAGAAUAUUUACAAUCUACUGGAAGAGAACAAAAAGUUGAGGAAGGCCCAUCAGGACGUCCACGUUCAGCUCCAGGAUGUGAGGCAAUUACAUAAGAACUUAUUGUUGCAACAUGAUCAGCUCCAGGUGACUUUAGAAGACCACAAGAACUCCCUUUCAGUUGCCCAGGCUCAAGUAGAAGAAUACAAACAGCUAAGAGAAACCCUAAACAAAAUGCCCAGCCUAAGACAAACUGAACAAAGGCCACCUUCUCUCAAUGCAGAGAAAACUCAUCAAAACGUCGCUGAGUCCUUACAAUAUCAGGAAAGGCAGGGAGCCCAGGAUCAGGUUCCAUAUAGGGCUGAAGAUAAACAGCAUGAUGAGAGGGAAGGUGGCCUGGCACAUAUAAUGCCAAACCUAGAAGAGAAUGAGGUCUCUAAAACAAGAGAAGAUAAUGAAGAAAUACUGGAGAAGCGAUAUCCUCAACACGAAAACUGGCACAGGAAUCCACAGCCAGAACAUUCAGACGUGGACCAGGAUGAGGAUGAAGAACAGGAGCCGCACCAUGAGUGGGAUCAGGAAGGGAAAGAAGGUCAUACAGUGGAGCAGCCAGAAACCCGUGGACAACACGAAGAGGAAGAAGAAACUGAGAAUCAUCUGAAUGAGGAUCAGGAAAAUGGGAAUGACCGUACAGAAGAACAAAACCUUACCACAAAUAGUCCUCGUGAGAAGAAAUACAAAUCCCCAUAUGAGGAGCAGCUGGAACAGCAGCAUCUCGCAGAGUUGCGGGCAGAGGAGGCACGUAAACUGAAGGAGAGGCAGGAUGCUUUGCACCAGCAGAGAUUGAGAGAGUACAUGGAUCGGCAGCAACGGCUCCAGCAAGAAGCAGAACGCAAGGAAGAGUUGCUGCGGCAAGAGCAGUUAAGGCGGCAGUCAGAUUUCCAUAACAAUAAUGCAGCUACUGAAGCUGAAGACGAGCAAGAUGUGCAUGAAGAAGAGGAAGAGGCUGAUGAUGAGAACAAUCCACAUGAGGAAGCUGAAGAUCAGGACCCAGAAAUCGUAAAUGACGAACAUCAAACGGAACACGAAGCUAUCAAUCAGCAGGUUGAUGGAAAUCCUGAUCAACAGGAGGAUAAUCUAGAUGAACAGUACCAGGAUGAGGGAGAGGAAGAGGCAGAUGAGAAGGAAGGGGAGGGAAAUGAACAGGAAGAAGAGCCAAUAGUUGAAGAUACCAACCAUGGAGAGGAGAAAGAAGAUGAAAAUUAUGAAGAAGAAGAAGAAGAAGAAGAGGAAGAAGAGGAUGGAGAAGCACUUGCUGCAAAGACAAAUCAGCGGGCAGAAAUGUGACUUCUUUAAAUUGACUUUAACAUUGUUUUUGUUUCAUUACCCAAUUUGUCGAACAAACCAGUCUUUUAUAUAUGUUUUCAUGCAAAUAUAUUUAAUAUGGUGUUCUUUCAGGUUAAUUUAAACUUGGAGAUAUUUAAAGGUAAUGUAUUAAAGCCUUUUAAUGUAAUAAAGACGUGGCAUUCAGAUUAUAUAUAAUUUAUAGUACCUUCAAUGUGAAAGGAUGGUCCAUAAAAGGUUAAUAGUAAGCUUUUUAAAAUAUUGAAACAUUAGAUCAUAUGCGAAGGGUUUUAUUACACGUGCUCUACAUGAGAGUAAUUAUUUUUUGAAGCAAAGGAAAUUAUAACUUAAGCAGUGGUUGAAAACUUCUAAAGUUCACCCACCUUAUUUUCACCUUAUGUGAUAUUUAACAACGUUAUGGUAGCUGUUAAUUUUUAUACAUUGGAACUGAAGAGACAUCUUCGGCACUGCACGCAGUGGGUAGGUGAUGAUUUUCUGCAACAGUAUAAAAUUAGUGGUAUUAUUUUAUACUUCUCAUGAUGCUUUUUCCCAAUAGUCAGUUAAUAUUAUAAUCAAGAAAGAUGUCAAGUGGGACGUAGAUUGGCGAUAACCCAUUUUACCCUUUCACAGAAAAUAAAAAUAUAUGCCACUGUAUUUAUAACUGUUUGUUAAAGUUAAAAUGGACUAUUUAUAUUUCAUACAGAUCCAUUCUUCAUAUGGAUCAUAUUCUUUAGUUUGUCCUUUCUCCAACCAUAUUCCAAAGUGACUUUCUGAUCAAUGAAUAUUGAGCAAGAUUGAUCAAAAUGCAAAGAAACUCAUGCAAAAAGAAUUCAUUUAUGCUCAAUGCAUUACCCUUUAUAUCUUUCACAUAACGUCUAAAAGGAAGUAUGUUACAUUUAUAAAAGUAUUUUGAAAAUUAAUUACAUUGACAUGACAAUCAAGUAAGAAACCCCUAAAAAUGUAAUUGAAAGCCAGUUAUUAGUUUUGGUAUUCUAUAAAUGCCCUCAACCUUCUUAUUCCUGAAUAAAUAGGUGCAUGUUAAAUGUAAUAUUACAUAUAUGGUAGUAAGGAAGUUUCUAAGUUAGGAGAAUAGAAUUAUCUAAGGAAACUAAACCAUGAAUUGUACCAAUUUACAAUAUAAGGUAUGGUGCUGAUAAUCCAAUAAUUGUUGGAGAUUAAAAUUUGAAGCUUUUAAAAUUAAGCUGCAAAAUUAUGGCUUUCAAUAUCAAGAUGGCAGAAAUUUCUAUAAAGGCAGAGGGUUUGCUUUACCUCAUGGUUUUCAAUUAUCAUUGAGAAAUAUUAAUAAGGUACAUUGAAUCAACGAAUACUUGUUCGUGUUGUUUGAACAAAACAAUGGAUAUUUUCGAGAUGAGUUUUAUAAGAACAAUGUCACAGUUACAUAAUGUUUACAACAUAGAAAAUGGCCAGAUGAACUAACAGGUCAGUGCCUGUGUUACACUUCAUGUGAUCCUCUUCCCUGAAAUGCAUCAAUGCUAGUCACCUCAAAUACUUUUAUUCCACAUUCUAACUACUUUCCAGAGCAAGGGUUCCCUCUAAUUUUUUUAUUCAAUUUAUUCAGGGAUAAACUUUUAUCUUUGACCUCUGAUUCUGUUCAUCCCAUUGUGGGACUAUCAACCCAGAUGCUCACAUGUAACACACUAAUUAUGUGCUCUACGCAAUUGAUAUUUAUUUCAAGAGCUGUUGAUACAAAGUGCACCAGUGGUGAACUUCUUUAAGUUAGAUGCUGAUCCUAUGUGUGUCGAAUGUGCACCUGCAUGGAGGACAGCUGGUACGCAUAGUGAUGUGAAACAUUUUGAUAUUGGUCAAUACUGGUUUGCAUAAAUGAGGCCUACCGAAAGAAAUCCUUAACUGGAGGAUUGAGACCUGCUUCAUAAAGGUGGUCCAAUCUUAUCUGGUUGACUGCAGAAGAAACCGAGGCAGUCCUUGCUUUUCAGGUAGGACCUCCCAUUUUCUCACCGACAAAUUCCCUGACCUUCAAUUGCUGUAAUGGCCUCAGGAUCACCAGUUGCCUUUUUGACUGAUCACUGACACCUAAUUGCCUGUUUGACUAAUCACCCAACCCAACCCAAGCAUAAAUGACCUCAGCCUGAUUCCCUCAACUACCCCAUCCCUGUCUCUGCUCAUUCCCUGCUCCACUGCUCUUCUUUAUACUCCUGAUGCCCUGUUAACCCCUCUACUUGCUUCACAAUGAUGGGAGCAAAUCGAUAUAUGGUCUCUGCUUUACAACAUGUUCAAGCCGCUGUGAGCAACACUGCAUUAAAUCAACUCUUCAAAUGCAGGAUAAAUUCUGGGCCAUUUACUCUAUCUCUACUUUCAAACUCUUUAAUAAUUAAAAAGGUCACUCAUUAGUCUUCUCUUGUUAGAAGCCUGUUUAGGCUUCCCUGAUGGGCAUAACCUCUCAGGUCGUGUUUCAUUUUAUUAAAAUAAAAACAGAGAAUGCUGGAAAUACUCAGCAGGUCCUUUUGCCAGACUGAAUAACCGGCUUUAACCCCCUGCUCCUGUUCUGGAGCCACUAUGACAUCAUUUCAGCAACUUGUCCCUUGAAUUCACAUAUUCUGACUUAUUCAUGAAUCCAUUGUGUGGUGCCUUAACAAAGGCCCUUUGAAAGUUCAAAUAUAUUAUUAUUUAACCUUGUUCAAAUAAUUCAAUGAGUUUGCUUAAGCAUGACCUUCCCUUUUGAAAUAUGUGCUGAUUAUUCCAUUGCAUAUUAAAUUGCAUGAUAUUUAUUAUGUCUUUGAAUCAUCAAUUUCCUACCCCCAAUAGUAAACUAUUUGAUAGUUUAUGAUAAUUUGGAAUAACCAAAUGAAACAUCAUCCAUUUUAAAGAUGUUAACUUGCUUUAAGUGCACAAUAGGACAGUUAUUGUUCUGUUGUAAACUGAUAUUUAUCAUUAUUUCCUUUAUAUUUAGUUUUGGUAGGUUGGCUGUAUUAUUUCAAUAUUUCCUGAAUAUUUUUAUUAAUAACAAUAGAUCUAGCCUGAUACUCAUGUGUUAAUAAAUAAUUUGUCAUUUUAGUAUGUUACCAAAGUAUGUAAUGUACUGCUGUUAUAAAGAAUAUGCAAACAUUUCUAACCAAACUGAUGCAUAGGUGUUCGUUCAUAUAUCGCUUUUUAUAUUUUGUACUUUGGGGAAUAGUAGGUUGGGAUGGCGGGGGGAGGGAUCUAGGGGCAUUUAUGCCAAGAACCUUUCAUACAGAUUUUUGCUAGGAUUUGUUGUCAGCAAUUUUCUUGUAGCCAGGUACAUGUAAGAGCACCUGCUUCCUGAAUUUUAUAUCAGUGUAAAGUGUAUAUUAUGUAAAUACUUAUGCUGAUCAACAAAAAUGGAAGUAUAUAUGGUAAAAUCCUAAGAUUUCUAAAGAAAAUUAAGUGAUGAUGUGAAAUUUUUGAUCAUCAUUAAACUGGGUGAUUGACCUAUGCUCUAUAUUAUCUGCAUAUUUUGUAAUUGAAGCAUAAAUCUUUGAAUCAUUUUUCCUUGUGCAGUCCAUUUUCUUGUAUAAUU